GGCAAGCAGCGAUAUCACCCUGAAUGUUUCAUCUGCGAACGUUGCUCUCAGCCUAUUGGCGAGGGUGACUCGUUUGCGCUAGUCGACCGGCAAAAACUGUUCUGUGAGAACUGCUUUCGGCAAAAGCGGCCUAGCUCCAAGACGCGUAUCGUGACCACAGUCACUUUGCUCGUGACGCAAUUAGCAUGCUGCAAAUCACAGCACGUGAUAGUCCAAAGAAGAAAAAGCGUGGUCACAUCUUGUCACAUAUAUUUCGUCGUCAAGGCUCAGUGUCUGACUCUAGCUGGACAGUGAUUACCAGUUGCGAUGGUAACGGGAUCCAGGAAGGAGAUCGUAUCAUCGAAGUCGACUGCACACCGGUGACCAAUAUGACAUCUGACGAAGUGCGGGAAAUGAUCGUAUCCAAGUCGAAGAGUGCAAUGUGUGUGCAGCUGACUGUGGAGAGGCGCAGUAAGCAAACCCGGUCCGCGUCCAGUGCAUCAUUCCGGAUGGUUGGAUCUCGUACAUCAACGGAUAAGAACAACCCUGCAACUAGCCCGCUGGAUGGCAAACCCAAUUACAACCCGUCUCCCGUCGCAGCUCUGUCGCACAAGAGAAGUGACCCGAUGGUAGACCACCACCGCAUGAACCAAGACGUCGACACACUUCCCCCGUUACUACCAUUAGGUUCUAGCCCCUCCCUGCCGCUGGCUCCUGCUACUGCCAGCAAUAGCUUGGAGGCUGCAUCGACUAGGAAAGCCCCGGGUGCAACUGGAAACGAACUGCGUAAAUGUCGCUCCAUGGUCGGCGGUUUCCCUCAGGUGGAGCAUAGAGGUGGUCGGCAUGGUGACGCGGAUGAUGCGUUUGAAACGGUCGCCACCGCUACGACCUCCGUGUCGUCCAGGACGCAGCGAAACCGAUCCGGUGCGUUCACCACUAUCAACGCUGGUGGUGGUGCUGGUGCUGGUGCUGGUGCUGGUGGCACAGCGAGGGGGGAUCCGUCCGCCGAUUCUCCCACGUCACAUAACCCGUCGCUGGAUGCCAACACUGCUACGCGUAAGUCUACAGCGGGAACGGACUCUGUGUCAGAUUACGAUGACGAUUACGAUGAAGAAGAGGAUGACAUACCGCCGAGCGGGCCUGGAGAUCUAGCGACCAUGUCAUCGCGACUCAGUCAGGCUAGUGUGCAACUUGUCACCCGACUCUGCAAGGGAGAGAGGGCUAGGCGCUCCACGCUGCCAGGCCGUGUGUUUUCGGCUGAGAAGGCUGCUGUGAGCGUGGCUAACUCAGUGCUCUGCCGCGGCGAAACGUUCACAGAACGACACCGUUCCUCGCGCAGUGUGUUCCGAACAAAGGAUUUGGAGAUCGGAGAGGUGCUUGGCCAAGGCUUCUUCGGACGAGCAGUUCGGGUGGUAAAUAAAGAGAAUGGUGAGGUUAUGGUGAUGAAGGAGCUAAUGAAAUGUACUGCGGAAGCCCGGCAGAACUUCUUACAAGAGGUGCAAAUGAUGAAGGCAUUAGAUCAUGUCAACGUCAUGUCUCUACUCGGUAUUAUGUACCGCGGCAGAAACCUCUGUAUCAUCACAGAGUAUAUCGGCGGUGGAACACUUUCGGAACGUAUAAUGGACAAGGAACGUGAUUUAUCGAACAAUUUGAAAGUUCACUUCGCUUGUGACAUAGCAGCAGGCAUGGCAUACUUGCAUGCCAACAAGAUCAUUCAUCGCGACUUGACAUCCAACAACUGUAUGAUUAGAACGGAUGACAGUGUGGUGGUGGGGGACUUUGGAUUAGCUAAAGUACUGGCUGGCAAAGACCCAAAUCAGUCGCAGGUUGUUGGCUCAGCGUAUUGGAUGGCUCCGGAGAUGAUGCGGGGCAAGGGUUACGACUAUCGCGCCGAUAUCUUCUCAUUCGGAAUCAUCACAUGCGAGCUGAUUGGGCGCAUAUCUGCAGACCCUGAUGAGAUGCCCAGGACGAUGGAGUUUGGUCUGGAUGACAAGGCAUUCAGGUCUCAAUUCCUUGGACAGUUUCCAGCGCAGGUGUUUGAUGUGCCAGUUAUGUGCUGCCAACUGGAUCCUAUGGCUAGACCACUGUUUCCCACCAUUGAAGCCUACUUGAAUGCGCUGACAACAGCCAUCGAGAACGGUGCCAUAUUCCGGCAGCCGUUUGAUGCGUUCGUGAAAGCGUACGAAUCGGUGGUUAGCUAGUUGACGAAGACUGCGCCCCAGAACACCGUCUGACACUGACUACGGUUAGUUGAAACAUACUGCCAAGGUUGAAGAGUGUUGUCUUGAUCAAUGUGUCGCUUGCAACAUGCUCCAUCGCACGAUGGAGGGAACACACGCGUCUGCGUACGUGCCUGCUCUCGAACGCCAUUGCAGGCAGACAGUGCAAGCUGCCAUCUGUCCAGAUGCGCACGGGUGUCCAUGUCGUCUAGUCUGUGCAUGCGCAAAGCACAUGCACGCAUACACACUCGCGCACACACACACACACAGACAUAUGCAUGUGUAUGUGCAUGUGCGGAGUGAGCUUGAGUGGCAAGAUUAGAUGGCCGGUGGUCAGCUAAGACGAACAGUUGCUCGCUUUCCAACACUUACACCACAGCAGGGUCUCUUCUGCCCAGCCUGUCUCGCUCUUCUGCUUCAGUAACAACUGGCCGUUGGUCACUGUGUGUUGCCAUGGUAGUGCCCGUGGCAACAGUGUGCAUAGUGGUGAUCGCCGCUCUACUCAACCUAGACUAUGAUAGUCAUACCACUGUGGCCGCUGUCACUGCAGAUUCCAAGGAUGCCGCGUCCAUGUCGGAACUGUCCUGUCACCAUGGCAAUUUGGUCGUGUGACACUCAUGCCGUACGCACACGCGUGCGCGCGUGCGGACACUUAGCGCGUGGCCUUUUUUUGUUUACGAUUUUUUAACAGCUUUUAUUACUAACCGCUUGCCUAUCAGCUUUGCCUCGGUUUAUGUCAGUGCACAUAGAGAUUGACACAUAGCCAUCUACAUCCCCAUAGCCAUCCCCAUCCCCAUAGCCUUUCAUAUAGUCAUCCACAUCUAUAUAGAGAGAGAUUAUUAGUUUUUAGCAACUUAUCAAUCCUGAGCUACAGUUGGCAAACAUCUUCUUUUUUUCCGAGUGAGUUUGUGAGUGAGAGUGAGUGAGUGAGUGAGUGUGAGAGAGAGAGAGAGAGAGAGAGAGAGAGAGAGAGAGAGAGAGAGAGAGAGAGAGAGAGAGAUUGUCUGAGAGAUAGUUUCUUACUUACUCGCUAUAAUAUAUAUUUUAUUGCAGCAGCCAACCCAAACGAGACCUUAGAAGAGUUUCACAAACCCAUGCAUGUCUCUCGCUGAGUUCAAUAACGUAUCCGCAGCUAUGAAUGGUUAUACAUUGUAUAUUUUUGCUUGUGCUGUCUUUCGCUUUCGUUUGCUCUUCUCUUUGUGUUCUCAUUUUCUCUUCGCUUGAUCCGUUUCCACGGGGCAUCAUGUGACCCGCAUACUGUCCUAUCUGCCGUCUUCCCGUCGUGAUGUGUUCGUGCAUGUAUGCACAAUUGCACACUUAUUCAAGUACUAUACUGUCGUGUGCACUCGCUGUUUACACUUCACAGGCUUGGCUGACGAUUUUCGCUCGUUGUUUUUUUCUUUCCUUUCUCGCAUUUUUGAGCGAUUUUUGACCUGACCUGGGGCUUGUCCGGGUUUUCCAGGGCAGUCUGGAAUUUUUUCUCUAUCAACUUUUACCUCUAUUUUGUUAGUAGCAUCCACUAUUCUGCAUGCUCCUAGUUGCAUUGUGGGAUUCGCUGCAGUCUGGAAACUUUGAACCAUCCUCCGUAAAUCUGUUCGAUUUAUGAACUUAUAAUAGUAAUAGUACAUA